AUAUCAAAUUUGUAUCAUUUUCACCAUAUUCUUCUGAAGCAAGUGGAAUUGGAAGAUGAAGCUGAAGCAGUUAGAGGGUUACCUCGGAAAUCUUGACCAGUUCCCUAAUCCAAAGGUAGAGCUGGAACAAUACCCGACAGGACCUCACAUUGCAUCUCGUAUGGUGUACACGGGUGAGAAUUCGUUUGAAGAUAUAGGUGGGAAGGUUGUAGCGGACUUUGGUUGUGGUUGUGGUACAUUAAGUGUUGCAGCUGCUCUGUUAGGUGCAGAGUAUGUUGUGGGAAUUGACAUUGAUCCACAAUCUCUUGAAAUUGCCUCCCUUAAUGCAGAGGAUCUUGAGUUGGACAUAAAUCUUGUCCAGUCUGACAUCAGGAGUUCAGCGUGGAGAGGGAGUGUAGUUGACACCAUCAUAAUGAAUCCUCCAUUUGGAACUCGGAAAAAGGGGGCUGAUAUGGAUUUUCUGUUAAUGGCUUUGAAGGUUGCCUCUCGAGCAGUCUAUUCCUUGCAUAAGACCACAACAAGAGAGCAUGUGAAGAGGGCAGCCUUGCGGGAUUUCAAUGCUAAAAGUGCUGAGGUAUUAUGUGAGCUUCGAUUUGAUGUGCCACAACUGUACAAAUUUCAUAAAAAGAAGGAGGUUGAUAUUGCUGUGGACCUCUGGCGGUUUGUUCCAUAGAUGGAAUGAGACAGGUAAACAAAUAACCGCCAAAGGCAAUUCAGAUAACAUACUUGUAUGGGGGGGAAUUAGUUGAAGGGGAACCAUAUCUGUCA